AUGGUGGGCGCGGGGCGCCGGGCCCGCGUCACGCCGAGCAGCGGGCAGGGCGCGCGGCGCCCUCCAUCCACGCCCGGCCGGGGCGCGGCGCGGCGGAGGCGGGCGCGGGGACCGCCGGCCGAGGCAGCCUGGCGGGGCCGAGCAGUGCGCACCCCCUCCCACUCGCGCGGACUCCCGGCACCCGCCCUCCCACCUUCCGCUGCCAGCCCCCCAGACCCCGCCGCGCUGGCCCCCUUCCCUUGCCCCGCCCCCAGCUUGGCCCGCGAGAACCCGGCAGAGGCCGACGGGCUGCCACUUGGGGGGACGAACGGCCCGUGCCCCCUCUCCGCCCGGGUGACUGAGCGCAGGACCCUAGUGCCAGGGCCGAGAGCCGCGGGUGAUGGGGCGGGAGUGUGGCACCCGAGGCCCGGGUCCUCCUGGGGGUGCCGUGCGUGGCUCUCACUUCCACCUUCCUGCGUCCACCCUGCCUGCCGCACGGUGCGAAGCUCCCCGCGUGGCCUCGCGUCUGGUCUCCAGCCCCGCGCCGCCCGGCGUGUCCCCGCGGGACCCGGAUCCGGGGCACUUUCGUUGCGAACUGCCAGGAGGGCCCUGAGACCGCCUCUGGCGCGACGUGAAGCCUCGCUGUCACUCGGGAAGGGACGAGAAAACGACAGGCUGGUGGCAAGGGCGGCGCAGUCGGCAGCACAGGUAGCUCAGAUUAAAGUUGGCUGGGUCUUCUUUUUAAAAACUCAAUCGAAAGAACAGGCUGCAUGUGUCGAGGCUCGACGCGGUGGCUGGGAGCACGGCCGCCUGCGACGGUGGCCUGGAUUCGCUGGAACUGCGUCUCGGGUCACCGCGGGGAGCGCUCGGCUGCGUCCCGGGCCGCCACUCUCCGAGAGCAGGGACCUAGAUGCUUCGCUCACGGGCGUGGAGGGCGUUCAGGCCUGUGGAGCGUCUGCGUCCGGACGUACACUUGGCUUCUGUGGCUUUCAGUUGCCCUCCGAGCUGGAUUUAAAGAGAAGGGCCGGCACGCAGGGCCAACCGGUGGCCGAUGCCUUUGGAACAAGUCGGCGUGGACAUGCACGUUUCAAGAAGCUGUGGUUUCCUGGAGGCCAAGCUCUGGGAAACGGCAGAAAUGCUCGCGGGCUUGGGCUCCGGGCCCUUCCCGGAAAGCGGCGGCGGCGCAGACCGUGGCGCCCUCCACCUCCGUCCUGGGGCUCCCGGGAGCCGGGCAGGCUGAGCGGCGACGCGGCCCGAAGUCGUGCGCGCGGGCGGCGAGGGGGCGCUGUGGCCCGCGGCUGCCGCCUCGUCCCCGCCGCGGUGGCCCCGGCGCUGUCCCCGGCCACCGACGGGCGGCGGGAGUCCCGGACCUGCCUCCUCCCACGUCGGUUUGAUUCGGGGAAGAAGGACAAUAACACUGGAGCAUUUCAAUAAAACCUGAGCCUCACUCGA